GUUUCCCACCGCAAGCCUCUCCUGGCACUUCCCCAAAUUUACUGAACUGCAUCAGAUUAGACUGCAACGUGUAGAUGUCAGAUUGGCAAAAACAUCUGGAAUACAUAUUUGCUCCUGACAGUGCGAAGCGUAAAGGAAAUAAUAUUUGUAAAAGUGAAGGGGAGGCUAAAGAAUUUUUUGAUUUUUUUUUUGCAGUGUCCUCUCUGUGUGUGCUCGGUUUCCUGAGUCCUCGUCUCUCGAUCCCUCAUGCCGAGAUUCGGUUUGUGGUCACCUUGCACUGCGUGCCUUAUUUCCUCUUUCUUUUCAUCUGUGUUUUAGGACGGAUGUUUGGUGGGGACAGAGACACUUGUUUGGGGGUUUGAGGGCGCAAGGCCCCGAUCGUCUCCGAAGUUAGAAUACCACACCUGUGCUCAAGAUGCUAACGAUCAAAUUACCCCAAGUUUUCAGCGUCCAUCAAAUGCCCAGGGUAUUUUGGGAAGAUGGCAUCAUGUCUGGCUACCGUCACCCCAAGAGCUCAGCUCUGGACUGUCUGCUUAGUUCAUUCCAAAUGACCAACGAAACUGUGAAUAUAUGGACCCACUUCCUGCCCACGUGGUAUUUUCUCUGGAGGUUCCUGCUGAUCUCAUACAGCCUCGACUUUUUCGGACAGUCGUAUAACUGGCCCCUCUUGGUCUACAUGAUGCUAAUCUGCCUGUACCCGUUCAUGUCCAGCGUUGCCCACACUUUCAGUAGCAUGUCUACCCAUGCCCGCCACAUCUGCUACUUCUUGGAUUAUGGAGCCCUGAGCCUCUACAGUUUGGGCUGUGCCUUCACAUACGGAGCCUAUGUAAUGCCUGAUUGCUGGAUAAACAGUACCCUACAUCAUUAUUUUGUCCCUGUGGCGGCUUUUAACACUUUUAUAUGCACCGGCCUGUCCUGUUACUCUCGGUUCCUAGAAGUGGAGCGGCCUGCCCUUAGUAAAGUCCUGCGCACUGCCGCAUUUGUCCACCCAUUUGUGUUUGACAACAUCCCACUCUUUUAUAGGCUUUUCUUCUGUUUUGGUGGAGACUGCACAAGGAACGAGGCUAUCCCUCUACACAUCUAUCAUCUCAUCUUUGCUCUGCUUACUGGCUUCCUCUUUGCUUCCCAUCUGCCCGAACGCCUGGCUCCCGGACGAUUCGACUACUUUGGUCACAGCCAUCAGCUGUUCCACAUCUGCGCCGUUCUGGGGACGCACUUCCAACUGGAAGCUGUACUCUGUGACCGCUCCUCCCGGGAAGCUUGGCUCACCAUGUAUUCCCAGGCCGACUCUCUCUCCAGCACCCUGGGGGUCGUCGCCACGUCUGUGAUCGGAAACAUAAUACUAAUCUGUUUCUUCACCGCCACCCUCCUGUGGUCCCCACGUGCUGACUCCAUACUGCAGAGCCACAUCCCUGGAGACGCCAAAUGCAAGGAGCAUUGACACUGCUGCAGGGUGGCCAAGAACUCAGCAGCAGGCCCACCCUGCCUGCUCGGCCAGUAUGUAUCUGUUUUAACAACCACACUCUGGGGACUCCCUAAGCUAACCCCCCAGGGUGCUCUUCCGUCUUUUGCAGAGGGUGUUUUGGAUCAGGGUCAGAUGUCUUCCAUACAUAUUACCUCGAUAAGAAAGGCCUGAGGUCUUAGUUUUGUAUUCUCAAUAAUUAAUCUGCUCUGGUAUAUAGCAGUACUGAGUAUCUUUGUCCAAACUACUUUGUUAAAGCUUUGCUACAUCAGAAGGAAGAUUUGUUAGUACUGUUUAGAGAAGGAAUUUCCAAGUUGGUCAAUGUUGUUAAAGCUCAAGGAUAAUCCAAUGUCCAUUAUUUUUUUUUGGUCUACAGUUCCAUAAUUUAUUGCCUGCCCAACAAAGAUGGAUAAUCCAGCAUUAGACACCUAUACACUCCUAACUGGUGGAAGUGUAAAGUCAUGCUCCACAACAUUGACAUUAAUUGAGGGUCCCUGGCCACCUACAGUCUUCCCAAUUACAGUGUAUACCAUCAAGUGCACACAAAUGCAAUUAGGUGAAAGCAGGCUCUACACUUAAGUGAAGGA